AUGAGUAAUAAUUUAGAAACUGAAACGAGCUUGAUAAAGGAUCAGAAUCUAUCCGAAGUGGGUGCUUUAAGGGAGCAAGAAGGUAAUAUUUCAAGGAGAUGGUUCAUGUGGUUCGGGGCCAAAAACGUCCUUUCUGUAGAUGAAGAAGCCCCAGUAAAUGAAGACCCAGUGGAAUCGGCAACCUUGUCACAUCAAAAACAGCAGUCGUUUAUUAAGAAUAUUUCAAGCUGGAUUCCGUAUUAUUACUGUCAUCCAGAGGAAGAUUUUUCAAUCGAUAAAUCCACUGAAUAUUACCAAUUAACAGCGAAGCAAAUCCAGUCGUUGGAACAAGAAGCACUUCAAGCAGUCGCUAGAGGUUACAAUUCCUGGUGCUGGCAUACAGAGUACCUCCCCGAUAUUGGUGACAGUACUGGCGGUUGGUGUUUAAUUGAAGGAGAGUUAAGUGUUGCUUGCACGGGGUCUCAAAACUGUCAGUUGCCAUUGAGAUGUUAUCCACUUGCUGAGAAGUCUAGCAGCUCUAUAUAUGUUAACAAUUCACUACUCCUACCCGGCUAUGCCCCUGAGGAAUAUUUCCAUCACAUACCCUGGACGACUAAACUUGCAUCAACUAUAAGAAGAUAUUAUAAUUCCUCCAGAGAAUCCCACUUAUAUCUUAAAGAAGGAACUGAGGAUAAUCUCAGAGACAAAAAAAUCAUGGUUAUAAGUAUUGUAGGGUCUUUACCGGAGAAGUAUGAAAAGAUUGCAUUAGGAAGCUCAUAUUCUUCUAGAUAUAUAGGCAAAAAACUGGCUGAAGCAUUGCAACGAGAACUUCCAAAAUCAAUUUCUAACAUAGCGAUACAAACUCCAUUAGAUAGGAAGCCAAUAGAAGACUGUUUAAAAGAAUGUAUGGAUCUACUUUGCAAUUGGAGGACUUCUUUUCAAGAAUAUGAUGCGCUUUUUAUAGUUGGUGUUUAUCACAGUGUUCCGCUCGCUAUAUUUUUGAUUGAAGAAAUUAUGAAACACCAAAGUUUAUUUCUGGUAGAUAAAAAAUCGACAAUUGGAUUGCUGUCUUUCAAUUCAUGUUUAAGAGGCUAUCAAUUUUGGGAUCAUAGUGUAGAUACAGUUUUAGAAGAGGAUGCCAACUUUCAAUAUAGCAGAGAAAAGGGGUUGUUUCAAGGGGCCUCAAAGAUUCAAAGAGAAAUUUUAUCUAAGAUUAAAAAUUAUGGGAAACAAGAUACUGAGGAAUCAAUAACAAUCAAAAAUUCUAUGGAUUGGUUAUUCUACAACUGUAAAUCCUUUAAAAUGACUUUUAUAAGUUCUUUGCACGACAGUUUCAUGACUAUAUCUCAAAAACUAGCUAUUGACUAUGUCCACCCAGGAAUUCAACGUCAUGUUUGGUGCAGUGGGGAGCAUCUAAAUCUAGAUCUUCUCAACUUAUCCACUUCUUCCACCUUCUAUGGUUUGGAGAUCCCCAAUGCCCCCGUUUUCAAGUCUUAUUUGGACAUUCCAAAGGAAAGAAUGUUCGAAAUUAUCCUCAUUAACAAUUUGAUAUUGACUAUAAACUUAGGCUACCAAGAGUUCAUCCCCAUAUUGCAAUUAAUAAGCCCUUAUUUCAUAUCAAGAUCCUUCAACGAACACACUAUCCCAGCAAAUUUGAAGAAACAAAUUCAAAACGACCAGAAAAGUUGGCUCUUGGCCGCUGAGAAUAAGUGGAAAAAUGUCAACCUCGACAGUGACAGGUUUUUGCCCAAAGAAAUCAAUGCUCUCUCAGAAUACUUAGAUUUCUUAUCUUAUUCCAGAGUCAAGAAUAUAGAAGCGUUUGAUAUACGUGAUACGGUUUAUGAUGACAACAAUAUAUAUAGGGCAUUUGUCAAAAACACCAUCUAUACCACCCUUCUAUUAGAAAAACAGCAUGUCUGUAUUUCCGAACAUACGGUAACACCACAAAGCAUAUUCAAUGGCGUAAAUCAAUAUGAUUUGGUAUGGAAAUUUCAUGAAUGCCUUAGCAAGCUUAUCAAGCUGAGAAAUAUUCCAGAACAACCAAAACCUAGACUUCAAUUCUCAAUUUCAUUAGACAAUGAAUUUUUGCAUGAUAUCCAUGAAUCCUCAUUCGCUCGUAAUAACAGGGAAUCCCUUCGUAGAUUAAAUGACUUGUGGUCCAGCUAUUGUAAUUGGAAACCCCAAACAAAAGGAUUAAAACAGUUGCAGGACAUCUUAAGCGUGUUAUCUCUAUAUAAUACGGCUGCUGAUUUGAGGAAGGAUGUAACACGUUGA